GUGGGGGAGGUGCCAGAGCCUGACCGGAGUCCGGGCCUGGACCGACUAGCCGGCGGAGGCCCGAUCGGGCCAGUUCCGGACGGCGGUGCAGCGACCUGCAGGCCUGGCGUCUCCUGCGGCGCGACGGUCGGGGCGCCCUGUGUUCAGGAAGCUUGCUUCCUCGGGGGUCCCGCGCCCCGCUGCGGUCGUCGGAACGCCCCCCACCCUUCGUCGCUUUUGCAGCGUUUCGCGUCUCCCUCAACGCCGCAGCCACCCUGGCUGCCUUGCUUUUGUCCCUGCUCAGCCUUAGUUCCCUCGAAGCUGCCCCGACUCCUGGUUUUCUUCUCCCUCUCCUGGCUUCUAACUAUUGCUAAUUCUCUAAGGGACGGCGCGUCCAGCGGGUUUCGCAGGCCAAACUUUUUGAUGAAGCUGUUGAGGACUUUUCCGAGGGCGGUGAUAUGGGGUUCUGAAAAUGCACCCUAUUGAUAACUUGCAGGAAAGAGAGGUUUACAUAGUUCCUGGUCAGCAUAGAAAUGUGGAAUGUUUGGCUGAAUCCUCAUGCAGACAAGAUCAUAUGGUCCUGGUUGAAAAAAUGACAUGUUAGUUGAAGGAAAUAAAGGGGAAAGCCCAGAAGGAAAAGAAAAAAUUGGACUUCCACUAUUAAUGAAUGGAUAAGAAAAGGUCUUGCGACUUGUGAAUAAAGAGAAGGAGGAACAGCAACAGCUAUCCCCGCACAGUGAUGAUUGUAGCUACGUCAAGCCUGGAACAAUGCAGAAUGAAGUCCUGCUCUGCCUGGUUUCAUUUUGUUAUUUAGACUGAUCUGCAUGACCAGCCUGUUUGCUGUAGAAGAAUAAUCAGACAAAGGGAGAGGUUUAACAUACACUGCAGGUGUUGUGAGCAGCACUUCUUCAACAAAAGCCUAGACUUACCACAUCUUGGGAAGAGAAUGGCCAGUGUCUUGGGGGCAGCCUUUUUCAUGCUGGUGGUGUCCUGUGUUUGCAGCACUGUCUUCCACAGAGAACAGCAGACUUGGUUUGAGGGUGUCUUCCUGUCUUCCAUGUGCCCCGCCAAUGUCAGUGCCAGCACUUUGUAUGGAAUUAUGUUUGAUGCAGGGAGCACUGGAACUCGAAUUCAUGUAUACACCUUUGUGCAGAAAAUAUCAGGACAGCUUCCAAUUCUGGAAGGGGAAAUUUUUGAAUCUGUGAAGCCAGGACUUUCUGCUUUUGUAGAUCAACCUAAGCAGGGUGCUGAGACUGUUCAAGGACUCUUAGAAGUGGCCAAAGACUCAAUCCCCCAAAGUCACUGGAAAAGGACCCCAGUGGUCCUGAAGGCAACAGCAGGACUGCGCUUACUGCCAGAACAGAAAGCUCAGGCUCUGCUCCUUGAGGUAGGAGAGAUUUUCAAGAAGUCACCUUUCCUGGUACCAAACGACAGUGUCAGCAUCAUGGACGGAUCCUAUGAAGGCAUAUUAGCUUGGGUUACUGUGAAUUUUCUGACAGGUCAGCUGCAUGACCACAGCCAGGAGACUGUGGGGAUCCUGGACCUGGGGGGGGCCUCCACCCAAAUCACAUUCUUGCCCCGGUUUGAGAAAACCCUGGAACAAACCCCUAGGGGCUACCUCACCUCCUUUGAGAUGUUUAACAGCACUUACAAGCUCUAUACACAUAGUUACUUGGGAUUUGGAUUGAAAGCUGCAAGACUAGCAACCCUGGGAGCCCUGGAAACAGAAGGUAUUGAGGGACACACUUUCCGAAGUGCCUGUCUACCGAGGUGGUUGGAAGCAGAAUGGAUCUUUGGGGGCGUGAAGUACCAGUAUGGUGGCAAUCAAGAAGGAGAGAUGGGCUUUGAGCCCUGCUACACUGAAGUACAGAAGGUGGUCCAAGGAAAACUUCACCAGCCAGAUGAGGUCCAGAGAAGCUCCUUCUAUGCUUUCUCUUACUAUUAUGAUAGAGCCGUUGACACAGAUAUGAUUGAUUAUGAAAAGGGGGGUGUUUUAAAAGUUGAAGAUUUUGAAAGAAAAGCCAGGGAAGUGUGUGAUAACUUGGAAAAAUUCUCCUCAGGCAGUCCUUUCCUGUGCAUGGAUCUCAGUUACAUCACAGCCUUGUUGAAGGACGGCUUUGGUUUUGCAGACAGUACUGUCUUACAGCUCACAAAGAAAGUGAACAACAUAGAGACAGGCUGGGCCGGGGGCUACCUUUCACCUGCUGCAGUCUCUGGGCAUCUCUCACUGAGGUCCAGCCAUUCUUCUGAGGCCUGUAUUCACCAGCAGUCUACUUAAAGGUAGAAGGAGGACUCAAGUCAUGUUCUGAGCUAGUCUGGGGUCAGCCUGGACUGAAGCCCAGCAACUGACAUCAUCAGGAGGAAGGGGCUUUUGUGACAGGUCUGUCCCCUUGAAUCUUGAGAUUUAGAUUUAAUUAAUUUUACAGAUAUAAUGUGAACUGUUACCUAACCAUUCUGGUUACACAGCUGGCACCAGAGUCUAAAUUUUUGUGAUUCCUUGUGUGUCACACAGAGCCAAAAGGAACAGCUUUAGAACUUAACCUUGGGUAGCCUGGGGACAGGUCCCUGGGAACCAAAGAAAAAUCUCAUUUCAACCUUUUGAGUGCCUCAUUCCUUUGAACAUACUAAUUUUCAUCUUACAUAGUAAACUGAUUGCAAUCCCAUAACAUAAAACACGUUUUUUUCCCCUCUUUACACAUUGCCCUGUCUGGUCCUUAUCUCUAACCACUUCCCAUACAAAAGAGAGAAAAAAUACUGGCUUUGCUUUUUAUGUGCAAUUCAAGGGGGAAAAAGAAGGUAACCAUAUCUGAAAGUGUGUGGUCCUGCUUUGUGCCAGCUCCAGUGAGCCAGCUAAGAGCCAUCCUAAAUCUUAGCAGGAUGGAAACUAACUCCUAACCAUAUAGAUCCCAGCCUUAAGAAAGGAGGCCAUUCAGUCCCUGGGGACAAGUUUUGGGAGGGUGUGGCUGCUUUGUAUAGAAUACCUUUUAAUCAACAAGUUAUCAGUCAAUGCUGGGAUUAGGAAUGUGUGUGUAUCCCAUGUCAGUAUCUACCACUGGGCUAAUGAGUUUGUAGUCAUUUGUCAUCCUAAACUUGUUUUCUUUAUUAUUUCUAAGAAAGACAUCUAUACCCUAGCUUCUGGUCUGUGGUGAGAGGCUUGUGGCUGUGCUAUUCAAGGAUCUAGGUUUUGGCCACAUCCCCUUUCAGUUUGUCCUUUUAUUCUCUGCAUUUUUAGCAUUUCUUCCUGACCUGGCCCCAGUCGUUUUAGCUAACAUCCUGUAACUUAUUUGUCAAGUCCCAGGGUUUCUGAUACCCUUCUCAAUGAUACCUAACAUUUGAUAUGGUCAGUCAUUUUGGCCCACAUCGAUACAGUGCAUUCUCAUUUUGAAUGCUCAAAACUCUUGAUUUUGUACAUUACUUUCCCCAAAACUUCUUAUCUUGUACUUUUGCACAUCGCUACCAUCUGCUGCUUGUCUACCACUCGUACUUUUGGACUUGAAAUAGCUUCGUUUGCCUUUGCCCUUUACCUCCAGCUUCUUUCCAGCAGUUUCUAUCUCCUCAACUUACAGCUUUCACAGUAGACCCUUUCAGCUCUCUCAUGAAAGAUAAGUAUACCUGGCCUUCACACCUGUUCUGGGGAACCUUUAUUUUUAAAGUUAUUUCCUUAAGUCAUUAUUUAACAUCUGAUAUGUGCAUGUAGCUAGGCAAACUUCUGUAUCCUCAUCCCACAAAUCUGAGUUGUUUUCUUUAAAAAUAGUGUGGGAUUUAUUCAGAUUCUUCACAGUGGCCUUUAUUAUACUGAAGUCAACUUUAUACCUAUUGUCAUCCUUAAAAAAUGCUAAUACAUAGUAAAAUAAUAGAAUCUAAAUUUAGAGUUGUAAGCAGUAUUCCCUUAACAUUUCUAACUGGUUAUCAUUCAGCUUCUGUUUAGGCAUGUUCUCAGCUCAUUUCAUUUUUGAACUGCACUGAUUUUUUAAAAAAACCCUCCUCAUAUUGGGCUGAAAUCUACCUAUCUUCUCACUGGUCUUAGUUCUGCUUUAAUCCCUUCUUCCAUGGCCUUUCAGUCUUCUGAAAAAAACUUCUAAGUCCUUUGUGGUCUCUUUAACAGUCGACAUAGCUUCUAGACCCCUCACCAUCUUUGUCAAAAAAGUAGGGUGCUAGAACCAGUCAUCCCACACUAAGUGUUAUUCAGUGUGAUUAGGGAAAGACCAUUUCCUCUAGUAGAAACCAAGUUGUUUUCCUGAGGGGUAACCUGCGUUCACUAGACUCCUCCAACUUAUCCCCAACAGGUAAGAUUCCCUGGUCUUUAUCACCAUGGCGUAUCUGAAGCUUUUAUAAACGAGGGCCACAUAUUCAGCAGACGCCUUCAGUCAUCCCAAAUACCUUCAGAACUCUUGGAUAGAUGCAUUGUGAUUCUAGGAAUGUAUCUACAUAUAUUCUGAUAAUCUUGACGGGAAAAUGUGAAGAAUUAACCAAUUUAUCCAUUUCAAGGGAAAUUUGUAAUGAGAAUUUUUCUUAGAAAAAAAUGAUUUGUCUAUAAUGUGCUUUUUGCCCCUUAAUGUACCUUUCAGGGCCCUACAGAAUCAAAAACUGCUGGUUAGCUUUUCUUUCUGUAAAUAUUUAUAUAUUUCAAGUAUUUAGAACAUGGCCUGGCACAUAGUACAUGUUGUGUGUUGUCAUCUUCAGCAUCAUAUGAAAACAGCCUCUGUGGGAUUAUGGAGGUCUUUGCAGGGUAUGCCUUAAAAUUCUUCCUGUCUUGCCUGAUUUGGUUUGCAAACUUUUGGAGAAUUCAUGUUCUUACCUAGGCUACCUUUCCAUUUUUUGUGAAAGGUGAUCUUUUUUCCCUAUAGACCUUUCUGGACUUUGCCAAUAGUCACAUAGCUUUUCACAGUAGGUGCCAUAUUCUGAGCACAUUUUCCAAGAUUUCAGGAAGGUUUGUGACUGUCACUAUUUAACUCAUAUCUUACAAAUUUUCCACAUUUGCCUGAAAGCUCCCUUGUGGUAACUGUUGUUCCCUUCAAAAAUUAUUUCCAAGAAUUGCUUAGUGUAUUUCAAAAGCUGACCAUUUUCUCACUUCACGUUCAAAUCAGACUGUUGUGCAAGAUGUUCUUUACAAUAUACAAAUCUAAUGGAUCCAAAAAUCUCUUCAAGAGGCAUCUCUGGUACUGUGAAGUAAACUCUUCAAAAACUCAUAGCAAGUCCCACCCCACCCAGAGUCGGCCACCAUUCUGCAACCAAACAUGAACAGAUUCUGCUGCUAACCAGAUUUUCCCUUCUGACCUGGUUCCUGAGGUCUUCAAACUUGUGCAAUGAAAUUAUUUAUUGUUUUAUUACUGAACAGACAGUGGUGCCCCAGAGAGGAACCAUAGGUAAAACUGAAAUCUGGUGCUGAUAAGGAAAUAAUUAACAGUAAGAUUUUUUUUCAUGAAGUCCACUGUAACUAUAACAGAGGUUAAUUUAUGUUUAAUGUUCACUCAAAUGUUUAUAAUUUUAAAACAUAAGUCAAUUGUGUAAGCUAUGGCCACCAUUAAAAAUAUUAUAUAAAUCUUCAGUCUU